AAAUGCUUGGUUUUGAAAGUAUACAUAGAUUUUUAGCUUUUCUGGUUUGAAGAGUAAUAGAAUCAAUUGUUAGCAAAGUAGUUCUGUUAAUGUAUUUCUUUGCUAUGGACCUGGGCUGGAAAAGGGUCCCUAUACUUUUGAUUCUGUUGACAUUCUGGAAACAUGCUGUUGGACAUAAAGGUUGGAGUUCUCAGGAUGUUCAGCCUCAAUGGAAAGGGCCGGUCCACAAGGUUCUCUCACCUCGGGGAGCCCGGUCUUCUGUGUUGGAGGCUCCAGUGACUGGAAGCAUUCCUUUUGAAGAAGUGGCCUCUAAUGUGUUUGGGAAAAGCCUGAAUGCCAACAGGUCUCGAUUUUCCCUUUCACACCAGUAUGUAAAAGGUGGUGUUUCCAGCAGCUAUGAAUCUACGUCUCAUACCCAAAGUGCACCAAGUGUGUCUGCUUCCAUGGUUUUACCUCAAAAUCAGCACCGUUCAGACAGCCUCACAUCACUGCUGCAACUUCAGGGUUCCUUCAGUCCAAGCGUCCAGGAUAUAACUAGCCAGACUGGCCAUCAAUUGGGAGAAACCUCUAGUCCACUGUCUGCUCUGAGUAACUCUUCCACUGAUUCCUCAGCCAGUUCCCUCAGUAAGUUUACUUACACCUCUCAGGGCAGCUCUAGGCCACAAAAGGCAGACAGUUCCAGCCAGCUUGUUUCUACACAUGGUGUAAGUGGUUUGCUCCUCCAGUCUCCUUCCUCCAGUACUCCAAGUCAGAAUAUCCCUGGGUCCUCUGCAUAUACCAAACUUUCCGCCUCACCCCUAGGUGUUAGCCAGUCUACCAGUGGUCAGAGCUUAUACAGCCAGUAUACAUUAGGCUCCCAUAGCAGGGCUGGCACUCAGCUGGCAGCUUCCAGUCAACAUGUUCCUACAUCUUUCCAGCCUGAAGUUACCACUAGCCAGUAUGCUCCCAAAUUUUCUUUGGGUACAAAAGUGCCUGUGUCCCGUCAGUACAAUCCAGCAACUCAGAGUGGAUCCUCUCUGUUUCAAAGCCAGUCAUCUCAGAUGUGGCAGCCUUCAACCUCUAGGACUAAAGGUUUGCAGGCAUCCAGUACAGCGGUGUCACAAGGGUUUCAGACAUCUGGUGCAUCUCAGAGCAUCUCUCAAUCUCCUAGCAGGUUAUUUUCACUGUCCUCUGCAUCUACUGAUGGCUCAUCUCUCCAGCUUCAAGGUACCUCUAGCCAAUAUGCCCCUGCUGCUUUGGAUGCAAAAGUGCCAGUGUACAGUCAGGCUGCUCCAAGUGGAUCUUCCUUAUCUCUGAGCCAGCCAUCUCAAUUGAAGCCUUCCACUUCACGUUGGUCCCAAGGUUUUCAGGCCUCUGGUACAGUGGCAUCACAAGGUUUCCAGACAUCUGGUACAGCAACAUCACAAAGUAGCUCUCUAUCUCAAGGCUCUAAGGCUCCCAGUAGAUUAUCUACCCUUACUUCAGCAGCAAGUCCUGGCCAAUUUUCCUCCACACAGGAAGGAAGUGGUAGAUAUAGUGGCUUGUCCAGCCAGUCUCAAAGUGCCUCGAGUCAGUAUAUCCCUGGGUCUCCUGCAUAUGCCAAAUAUGGUUCCUCAUUCAUUGAUGCUUCUAGCCAAGCUACCAGUGAUCAGAGUUCUCUUAAUCUGUAUGCAUCAAGCUCCCAGAGUAGGGCUGGCACUCAUCUGGCAGGCUCUAGUCCUUAUCUGCCCACACAGACAGGAAGCACCUUUACUGAUGGCUCCCCUCUCCAGCUUCAAGGUACCUCCAGCCAAUAUGCCCCUGCUGCUUUGAAUGCAAAAGUGCCAGUGUACAGUCAGGCUGCUCCAAGUGGAUCUUCCUUAUCUCUGAGCCAGCCAUCUCAAUUGAAGCCUUCCACUUCACGUUGGUCCCAAGGUUUUCAGGCCUCUGGUACAGUGGCAUCACAAGGUUUCCAGACAUCUGGUACAGCAACAUCACAAAGUAGCUCUCUAUCUCAAGGCUCUAAGGCUCCCAGUAGAUCAUCUACCCUUACUUCAGCAGCAAGUCCUGGCCAAUUUGCUUCCACACAGCAAGGAAGUGGUAGAUAUAGUGGCUUGUCCAGCCAGUCUCAAAGUGCCUCAAGUCAGUACAGGCCUGGGUCCCCUGCAUAUGCCAAGCAUGGCUCCUCGCUCCUUGAUGGUUCUAGCCAAUCUACCAGUGAUCAAAGUGCUUCUGACUUGUAUGCAUCAAGUUCCCAGAGUAGGACUGGCACUCAGCUUGCAGGCCCUAGUCGUUAUGUGCCCACACAGACAGGAAGCACCUUUACUGAUGGCUCCUCUCUCCAGCUUCAAGGUACCUCUAGCCAGUAUGCCCCUGCUUUGGCUGCAAAAGUUCCUGUGUCUAGUCAGGCUGCUCCAAGUGGAUUUUCCUCAUCUCUUAGCUGGCCAUCUCAUUUGAAGCCUUCAAGUUGGUCUCAAGGUUUCCAGGCAUCUGGUACAAUGACAUCACAGAGUAGCUCUCUAUCUCAAGGCUCCAAGGCUCCCAGUAGGUUCUCUACCCUUACUUCAAGUCCUAGCCAAUUUGCCUCCACACAGGAUGGAAGUGGUAGAUACAGGCCUGGGUUCCCUGCAUAUGCCAAGCAUGGCUCCUCGCUCCUUGAUGGUUCUAGCCAAUCUACCAGUGAUCAAAGUGCUUCUGACUUGUAUGCAUCAAGUUCCCAGAGUAGGACUGGCACUCAGCUUGCAGGCCCUAGUCGUUAUGUGCCCACGCAGACAGGAAGCACCUUUACUGAUGGCUCCUCUCUCCAGCUUCAAGGUACCUCUAGCCAGUAUGCCCCUGCUUUGGCUGCAAAAGUUCCUGUGUCUAGUCAGGCUGCUCCAAGUGGAUACUCUAUGAGCCAACCAUCUCAAUGGCAGCCUUCCACCUCUAGGUUGUCACAAGGUUUUCAAGCUUCUGGUACAGUAGCAUCACAGAGUAGCUCUCUAUCUCAAGGCUCUAAGGCUCCCAGUAGGUUCUCUACACUCACUUCAGCAGCAAGUCCUGGCCAAUUUGCCUCCACACAGCAAGGAAGUGGUAGAUAUAGUGGCUUGUCCAGCCAGUCUCAAAGUGCCUCAAGUCAGUACAGGCCUGGGUCCCCUGCAUAUGCCAAGCAUGGCUCCUCGCUCCUUGAUGGUUCUAGCCAAUCUACCAGUGAUCAAAGUGCUUCUGACUUGUAUGCAUCAAGUUCCCAGAGUAGGACUGGCACUCAGCUUGCAGGCCCUAGUCGUUAUGUGCCCACACAGACAGGAAGCACCUUUACUGAUGGCUCAUCUCUCCAGCUUCAAGGUACCUCUAGCCUGUAUUCCCCUGCUGCUGUGGCUGCCAAAGUGCCAGUGUACAGUCGGGUUACUCCAAGUGGAUCGCUGUUGUCUCAAUUGCAGCCUUCAGCCUCUAGUUGGAGCCAAGGGUUUCAAGCCUCUGGUACAGCAGUAUCUCAGAGCAGCUCUUCCCCUCAAACCCCUCAGUUUUCCAGUGGUUCUUCCAUCAUGCCAGCCCUGAGCCCUCCUGUGGAUUCUGUGGCCCAGAGUAGCCAGAGUUCUAUCUCUAAUAGUUGGAGGACCCCAAGCCUCUCUGGUGUAGGACUCCAACCUUCUAUGCCCUCCUCUCAGACUGCUUCAGGCUCUGUGAUCCGUAGGCAAAUGUCUCCUGGUCUGUUUGCUUCUGUUCAACACCCCCCAGACUCUGUGACUUCAUCUCUAGGCUCAAAUGUCCAAGCAGCUUCGCAAGGCAUGUUCUCUGGUCAGUCCAGUGACUCAACCUCAGUUUUGUCAAGUAGAUAUGCUUCCUAUGGCCAGAAACCUUCGGGCUAUUCUAGACUUUCCCAGAGCUCCUCUGCUUCAGGAAGAUACCUUUCAUCUGUCAAGGGCUAAUGGACUCUUACACAACCUGCACCUUGGACUAAUGUCAGUGCUAAAUGGCAUAAAUCUGGUGUGCUUUUUACAAUGUAACUUGAAUCAAUAAAUUGAGUUAAUAGCAA